AUGCAAAGUAGAAUCUUUAAAGUUGGACUUUGUCAAGAAGCAGCGCAAAACGGAGCUGAUAUAAUUGUCUUACCUGAGAUGUUCGUUGCCCCUUAUACAAGAAAGCACAUGCUUGACUAUAGGGAACCCCUUCUACCAGAUUUUAAGACCAAUGAGAAAUGUGAGACAGCAAAAAUGCUAAGUGGUUUAGCCAAAUCUCUGAAUAAGUACAUUAUCGGAGGUAGUUUCCCUCAGGAAAUCGAAGGAGAGGAAAGAGUUUACAAUACAUCACUUUGCUUUAACAGGGAAGGUGAUAUUGUUGCAGAACAUAGAAAGCUUCAUCUGUUUGAUAUCAAUAUCCCAGGAGGAGUGACCUUCUAUGAAAGUGAGUACGUAAAGCCAGGUCCACCUUAAUACUCAAUCUUUGAGACUGAGUAUUGCAAGAUUGGAUUAGGCAUCUGCUACGACAUAAGAUUCCCAGAGUAUGCAUUGUAAUUAGUAAAUCAGGGAGCUGAGAUGAUUUGCUAUCCUGCGAAUUUCGCUUUGAAAACAGGUGAAUUGCAUUUUGACACUUUAAAAAGAGCAAGAGCUAUUGAUAACCAGGUUUUCUUAAUGAGUUGUGGAUCAGCUAUAAACUCAGAAGACAAAGAAGUCUUUUAGAGCUGGGGCCACUCAUCUGUGAUGUCUCCAUGGGGGAAAACUUUAUGUGAAGCUGCUUUUGAGGAAACUAUUAUUUAUGCUGACAUUGAUCUCAAGGAAGUCACUGAAAUAAGAUAGCAGAUUAUGGUUCUUAAUCAUAGACGCAAGGAUCUUUAUACUCUUGAAAGUAAAAUUUGA